GCACCCCGGGCACUCAGAUUACCAUUCGUGGUGAAAACUUAGGAACAGAUCAAAAUGAUCUUCUCAUGCUCUUCAUCUGUGGCACAGACUGUCUGCAAACUGCAAACUGUAAAGUUGCCAUUGUCAGGUGGAAGACAGAGAAGAAGAUCGUAGCGCGUUUGGGGCAGGCUAAUCGAGGAUUAGGCGAGGUUAAGAUUGCUACAAAAUCUGGUGGAAGGGGUAUCUGCAAUGUAAAAUUCAGGGUAUUUAUUGCUCAAGUAGGACCAUUAGAAGAGUCCGCUGUAUGGGUUGAUGAGACGCAAACCGUGCCUGGGCGGGAAGAUUUUCACAUCUUAUUGGACAUUAAGGCUGUACGAACAGUAGCGCAAACUACGGAGGAACGCGAUGCGCUUGGCUUGAAGCCUACUACGAAGAAAUUGGACCCGGCUUUUCUAUCUAAAAUGUUUCCCGAUGGAUCGGGAAACAUUCGUAUGGAGAGCUUCAAUCCACAAUGGUAUUUGCUGGAACAUCACUCCGAAACACCAAUAGAAGAGUUACGCGAAGCUAUUGAGAAUAUGAAAGUGGCCAAGGCCGAUGAAGCCAAGAAAAAUGAGCAAAUGCACAAGGCUAAUUUGUACUCUUUGAUCAACUGCGUCGACUCAUUAGCUGCAUUGCAUGACGAGUUGGAGAGGAGUAACAAAGCAGGAGAGUUUGCGGUCAUCAAGCAGAUAGGAAGCCAGGACGUUCUUUCGCGAAAAGAUCGAGCAGAUGCUACAAGAAACGCGUUGUCUGUCUUGACUCGUUUUAAAUUCAUAUUCUUCCUUUCCAAGACUGUCGAUGACAACAUGAAGAAGGUAUAAAU